AAACUCGCUGUUAUUUCCGAUAAAAAUUUUGACGGUUUACAACCCAGGAGUUGGACGACUGGAUUUUCAGUAUUUCGUGAUUCGUACAAUGGAUUGACAUCCUGAUUGACUGUAUCAAAGGGAAAUAAAAAUAAAUCUCUUGAGGGGAAAAAAAUUGGAAGAAAAAAAAAUUUCAUAAAAAAAAUUAAAGACAAUAUGGCCGCGCCUGGGUGUUGUGGGUAGUGCGUGAUUUUCGCAAGAGAUUGACGACUCGUAAACAACUCUGUCGUACCACUGGUGUUAAUAUUAUAGCAGAUAUUGGAUAAUUUCAAUUUGUUAAUGGGCGGGCGGACUUUUACGGAAUGCUGAAACGAUGCUAGAUGCCAUCCGAAGCGUGGUUUCUGCCGAUAUUAUUUUCUACAAACACUCAUUGUGGAAGUAGACCUUCGGAGGACUGCGCUGAACUCAUCCUUAUUGGAAAACUUGCCAUUCUUCGGAUUUCGUUUUUAGUCGUAGACUAAGCAUACCCUCACUACUCUGCCGGUCGACUCAAACUACGGAUUGGCAUGGAUAAGAGGGGGGUGGAAGGUAGCACUUUACUGAGACUUGGAGACUGACAGUGGUUAAAACGCUGGAGAAAGACGGUGGAGCUUUGGAGGAGGGGGAGAUGUCUGCUGGUACCCAAGGCGAGAUUCGGGUCGGUCCAUCCCACCAGGAGUUGGUUUCUUGCCAGGCCCGGUUGCCUGAGUACCGGCCGGGCAUCCCUCCUGGAGAGCUUCAUCCGGAUCCAGAGUUCUCCAAAGAACGAGAGGAACUACGAUGGGUUCCGGCCAUGGCUUUGGACGGAGACCUAUUGAUGUACUUAAGAGCUGCCCGAUCUAUGGCUGCCUUUGCAGGAAUGUGUGAUGGUGGAUCUCCCGACGACGGUUGUGUAGCUGCUUCCCGCGACGAUACUACCAUUAACGCUUUGGAUAUUUUACACGACUCGGGCUACGAUCCCGGCAGAGCCCUCCAAGCACUAGUCAAAUGUCCCGUACCGAAAGGAAUUGACAAAAAGUGGUCAGAGGAGGAAACUAAACGUUUUGUAAAGGGUCUUCGACAAUUUGGAAAAAAUUUCUUUCGCAUCAGGAAGGAUUUACUACCCCACAAAGACACGCCUGAACUAGUCGAGUUCUACUACCUGUGGAAGAAGACGCCUGGCGCAAACAAUAACAGACCUCACAGAAGAAGGAGACAGGGUUCUUUGCGCAGGAUUCGCAACACUCGCAAUUCCCGUGCAGGUACACCUAAGGAAGAAGUUCCUACUCCUACAAAAGAUACUUCACCCGCUGCUUCGAAUCCCAAAGAACCUGCGUCUGAGCCGGAAACGGCACCUGCUGGGACACCAGCGAGCAAUAAUCCCGGGGGCGAAGUCAGCUCCGUGACGGAAGAUGAUAAUUCGGAGGAGGACAGCGAUUCUAGAGAUACGAAUACAAACGGGACAGCUCAAUCCUGUCAACAUUGUUUCUCAACCAGUUCAAAAGACUACCAAAUCGCGGGAAAAGAUCGACUACUUCUUUGUGCCGAAUGUCGAGCGCAUUUAAAAAAGACUGGAGAACUUCCGCCCGCACCUCCCUACCUAUUUCGCCCUGUCCCUGCCGAAUCGCCUGACAGUCCAGGCAGGAUGAGAACUCGAAAUAAAGCUAAAGAAACGCCCAGACCAGCCAGACCCAGGAGAGCAGGUGGAACCGAUACGCCUGACCAGGAAAAGCAACAGCAGCAGCAGCAGCAAACGCCUGAUAAAUCUAAGAAAAAAUCGUCAAGUAAACCAGAAACGCCGAGAAAAGGACAAAAGCGUACGCAGGCUGAGGAUCCUGAAGAAGAUAAGGAUUCGCAAAAGCGCAAACGAGGAGAAAGGCCCGAAAGCCCAUCUGAAUCUCUUACAACUGACAGUAAUUCUUUGAUGGAUGAACCUGAAAGAGAAACGGAGGGUGAAACGAGCGAGAAUCACUCUGUUCCGGUUGCUGUUCAAGUUGACGAACCUCCGAGUCCUGUCGUAACGACACCAGAGGAGCCGCUUGAACCAACACCAGUUUCUACACCUGUUCCUGCGGCUAUUCAAAGCCUACCAAUUUCAGUACCAGUUAUUCAUUCUGUCGACAAAAAGCCGACGAUAGAAGAAUUAGCGGAGGCCAAAGAGCAAAUGGAGGAAAUGCCAAUGAUGAUGAACCAGCCUUUGAAAUUGGAAGUUCUUCCAAUGGAGAGAGCCAUGUCACCUCCGGUAGAAGAUAAUAAAGAGUUAAUUCAGCCGAUAAAUGCAAGCACCCAGCAAUCGAUGGGUGGUGUCGAUAUUGGCCAGAGUAUACGAAAUCUAUCACAGCCUAAUAUAGUAAACUCACAGAAUUGCACGCAGAAUUUACAAACGUUGCAGGUCGCACCUCAAACCCCGCAAGUUAUGCCACUCAACAUGCAACAUCCACCCCAAAAUAUACCGGUGAGCCAAAAUAUGCCGCAAAAUUUGUCCCAGAAUCUGUCUCAGAAUUUGUCGCAGAACUUAUCGCAGAAUAUGUCCCAGAGCUUGUCGCAGAACUUGCCUCAAAAUAUGUCGCAGAAUUUGUUGCAAAAUUUGUCUCAGAAUUUACACCAACCUUCAAACUUACCAUCAAAUAUGGGAAACCCGCAGAAUAUUGGUUUACCACCAAGCAUGAUUGGUCCUCCAAGCAUGGGCAACCCACACAACAUGCAGCAGAAUAUGUCCGGAUCUUCAUUGAAUCUGAGUUUACCUCAAAAUCUGUCCACUAAUAUAUCGCAGAUGCCACAGCUGUCAAGUUCUCCGCAACCAUUGGGACUGCCAGUUUUACCCCCUGAAAUUAGAAUGCCAGAAAGAAUACCGGAGGAUAGACUGCCUCCUAAACGUCAUAGGGAUAAUAGAAUACUCGAUAGGAUGUCUGAGAGGCUCCAGGAACAGCCGGAUGGAAAUGGUGAACUGGAUAGGCCGGAACCUCAGAAUUUAUUCCAGCCAAUUCCACCGCCUCAGAAUAUGAUGCCUAUCGAAAAACCUCCUCCUAUCGCACCUUACUCGUUAGCACCAACGCCUCCGAUGGAACCUCAAAAUCUCAAGAUCAAACAGGAGAUUAUUCCUCCUGAACCAGACCCUCUACAGAGCUUAAAAGAAGUAAAAGUCCCUGGAUUUCAAACAGGAUUUCCCGGUCCAAGUUUGGACAAUAUUAAAAAGGAUCCUGACAGUGCUAGCAAGCCUCCAACUCCCAGCAAACAUCCUAUGGUACAAAAUAAUCAGCAAGUCGCCCAGAUACAGUCGGUAGCAGCAUCACCUACCCCAAGUUUGCCACCGCCACCAACUUCCAUUCCACAACCGGUCAUGCAUCCGUCUCAGCAGCCGAGUCCCCACAUGGCGCAUCCCUUCCAUGCUCAUCAUCCGCUGAUACACCAUUCGUUAUUCGCUGCUAUGCACCCUUAUCAUCACGGCGGAAUGGCUUAUCCCGGUUAUCCACCUGUUGGUCCAUAUCCCCCGUUUCCUGCCUAUCCAUAUGGUCCGGUCCCUCAUGCAAUCCCUCCUCCGUCUCCUCAGCGAAGUCAAGAGAGUACCACUAUGAUGACUGCUCAUCAUUCAAGCACAAGCUCAAGCGUAACGAGAGACGAGGGUGACAAUUUGAUUGCAACGCACCACCAUUCCUCUAGCAUGCAUCAGGCGACAACCUUACAUCAUGACAAGUUGAUGACAAUUUCUUCACACAGUUCACAUAGCCAUUCUCACAGCCAGUCUUCGCAUAGUUCUCACAACGCUCAACGUAAACCUGCCCUAGUCUCAGCUUGUUUAACUUCUUCAAGUUCGGUGCAUCAUCAUCAUCGCCCACCCCAACCACAACCGCCUAUGCCGCCAGAGCCAAAACCUGAACCAGAAUUGGUUGAACCAGAGCCGGAGGAACCUCCGAGUCCUCGUGGGCCCUCGCCUGAACCACGAAUGGAAGAUUCCGAGUGUCAUCGAUCCCAAUCUGCCAUUUUCCUACGGCAUUGGAAUCGUGGAGAAAACAAUUCGUGCACAAGGACAGAUCUAACGUUUAAACCAGUUCCUGAUUCUAAACUAGCCAGAAAAAGAGAAGAGAGAUCAAGAAAACAGGCGGAAAGAGAACGAGAAGAAAGAGACAGGGCUGCUGCUCAGCAGGUUAGAAAAAUGUCAACUCCAGAAAAACAACCCGAACCUUGUAAGCCACCUAGUCGCGGGCCUCUAGAACCUGUUGUGUCUCCAUACGAUCGUUACGCAGCUAGACCUGGUUCCUAUGCAGACACACCAGCUCUCCGGCAGUUAUCAGAAUAUGCCAGACCACACGCAGCCUUUUCACCCGCGAGGCACCCUGGCCCACCAGAUCCUAUGCUACAUUAUAUGUAUGGCCCGGUCGCCAGGGAACGACUGGAGCUUGAACAUUUAGAACGAGAAAAAAGAGAGCGUGAAAUUAGAGAGCUGAGAGAACGUGAAUUGAAUGAUAGAUUAAAGGAAGAACUGCUCAAGGGGGGUCCGAGAUCAAUGCCAGGCAGUGUCGAUCCCCAUUGGUUGGAAAUUCAUCGACGCUAUGCAGUUGCUGGUCUUGCACCAGGUCCUUCCGGUCCUCCUCAGGGAUUGCACCAGUUUGGUCUCUACGGCGCGCCUCCUGGUCCUAGCCAACUGGAGAGAGAACGUCUAGAACGAUUAGGAAUACCCACGGUAGCUGGUGGGGGGCCAGCAGGGGCAGGGGGCAGUCAUCCUUCGCACCAUCAUGGCCAGUUGGACGAGCGGCUGGCUCUGGCUGCUGACCCGAUGGUCCGGUUGCAGAUGGCUGGCAUCUCGCCCGAGUAUCACGCUCACACUCACGCGCAUACGCACGCGCACACUCACUUGCACCUACAUCCGGGACAGCAGCAGGCCCAGCAACAGGCUCAGCAACAGCAGGAAGCAGCCGCUGCUGCGGCUGGAUUCCCCCUGCCUGCUGCCGGAGCAAAUUAUCCCAGGCCAGGUCUGAUGUCUCGAGAUCCUUCGAUGGGUUUACAUCCAGCUGAACUCCUUGGUCGACCAUACGCUGACAUGGCAGUUCACCACGAACAGUUACAGCGUCACUUGAUGAUGGAACGAGAACGUUUCCCUCCUCAUCCUUCUCUCGUUGCCCAUCAUGAGGAGUACCUAAGACAACAACGCGAACGUGAACUAAAGGUACGGGCCCUGGAAGAAGCUGCACGAGGAUCACGACCUUGAGCAUCUUUCCGUUUUCAUUCAGAUUAUUUUCAAAAGUUAGGGACGCAAGUAGCAUAGUUAUAAGAAGUAUAAGUCAUUAUGCUAGUGCAACCAGAAGACAUCUACCGAAAUCUAUUUUUAGCAUAAAUCCUUCAGACUUUUCAAGCCUCUGGAAAUUGUCUGUCAUUUAUAUUACGGAUAAAGAAACAAACAAAUUAGUCGACAAUAUUUGUCGACCUAUAGAUCACUGCCUAUAGUCGAUUUCCUUAGCAUUGUAAUUAUUACCAAAUAACGUUGGGGUGCAAAUUACUGAAGGUAAGAAUCUUUAUGUUUCUUUUUCAUACGAAGCCCGAAAUUACUUACAACAUCUCACUUUUUGAACCAGAUAAAAUAUGGCUAACUAAGGGACAGUUCACUCCUAAAGCUUGACCAAUGUUCUUUAUUCAAUCAUAUACCUAUGACAAAUAGCGUUAUAAAUCCGUUGCCGAUGAAAUCGUGAAAUUCAUUUCUCAAUUGACCUGGCACAGUGACAUUAUACUAACAAUAAUAAUGAUAGGUAAUCAUAAUAAUAGUAAUAAUAAUGAUAAUGAUAACAAAAUCAUAAUGAAUCUAGAGAUGAUGUUUAAGCUAAACAACAAUUGAGCAAUGUUAUUUAUUUUUUUAUUUACACGACGCAUAUAUAGCAGAAUAAGAACGCCGGACUAUUUUUUAAUUAGCAACUUAGUACAGUUCUGUACCGUAUAAACAUAAUGUUAACAAUAAUAAUAAUAAUAACAAUAAUAAUAAUAAUAGUGAGUAUAAUCAACCAGAAAAGAGAAAAUUUAAUUAGAAAAAAAAUAUAUAUACAUAUAUUAUAUUGAAAAAAAGAAUAAUCUUAAGUGCAGACAAAAAAAAUGAAGUGAACGAAACAAAAAUAAAUAAAUAAAUGAGAAAUAACCAUAAUUACCAGUAAGUCAGAAAUAUUCGAUAGAGUGGAAGAAAAAAAAGGACAGAAAACCAAUACAAAAAACAAGAUUAUGCAUAAAUCGUCGUUAUCAUAUUAUGAUAGAUAACAAAAAUAAUAAUUAAUACGAUAAUAAUAGUAACAUUUAUAAUAAUAAAAAUAAUAAUAAUAGUAAUAUAGUAAUAUUAAUAAUAGUGAUAAUAACAGUAAUAAUAACUAUACUCUAUUGUGUGUAUCGAAUGGUAACUAAAUUUUAUAAAAAUACACGAAUACUUCGACGGAA